AUGGCGACGGCGGGAACGAAUGAGAAGGGGGAGCGAGAGAGGGAGAGGGGGGCUGGGGGUGGGGGUAGUAACCACCACGAAGAUGCGCCUGUGUUGACUGGUCAGACUAUUUCGGCUGGGACUGAUAGUGAAGAGAGCUAUAAGUUCUUGAACGCUAUUGGCAAGGGUGGCUAUGCGGACGUAUAUAAAGUGCACAAUCGAGAGGGAGUCAGCUUCGCCUGCAAGGCCAUUCCAAAGAGCCGGCUGACCAGUUCGUCCAAACUACAAAAAGUGCGUAUGGAAAUAGCUAUCCAUAAGAGUCUGGACCAUGAUAACAUAGUCAAAUUCAUGGCCACAUUUGACGAUGACACCUUCAUCUUCAUCGUCCUAGAAUACUGUCAGCACAGGUCGAUGAACAUUCUGAUCAAGCAGCGGAUGACCCUAACUGACCCCGAGGUCAGGUAUUUCCUAGUACAGGUGAUGGAUGCCCUGGGCUACUUACACAACAGACGUAUCAUCCACAGGGACCUCAAAGCGGGAAAUAUUCUGCUGAAAGGAAGUAGUAAGCUGACAGUGAAGUUGUGCGACUUCGGACUGUCGGCUUUGUUGACCCAUGACUCGGAGAGACGAAAGACCAUGUGUGGCACUCCGAACUACAUAGCCCCGGAGAUACUGCAGAACACUGGCCACUCCUUCGAGGCAGACAUCUGGUCACUCGCCUGUCUCAUGUUCGCCCUCAUCACAGGCAAGCCCCCCUUCCAGACAAAACCCAUCAGAGAAAUAUAUGCUCGGGUGGUGCAGGCGAAAUACAAACCACAGACUGUUCCAGACAGACUCGCCAGAGAUCUCAUCAAGAGCACAUUAGUCACAGAGCCCACAAACCGUCCGAAGCUGUCUGUGUUUCGUAACCACGACUACUUCAACGAGUGGGCUCCCCCGGCCAUAGACACCAAUGUUUACGACGAUGUGCCGGCUGAAGUGAGGGACUACAUCAGAAACCAGAGACAGAACAGUUCCAGCAACAACAACUUCAACAGUGGACAGGGAAGUUCCAACGCGGGUCCCUCCACUUCUUCUGGUGCCCCUACGGGCCACUUGAGGAACUACGUGUUCGCCAACAACCACUUAGGGUCUAAGUUGGAGCGGCAGUCCAGCAUGGAGUACAUCACUGUAGUGACUAAUCUGUCAGACACCCCCAGGACACCAGCCCAGGAGAGUGUGGUGCUCAAUUAUGAUGACUUGAACGACGAGGGUCGCAAACUGGUGGAGAAGAUCGAACAGUGUGUUCGCAGCUUCAGACCCACGACUCAGCUCCGUCAUAUUGCGAAGAUGGAAAAUGCCCUUAUAUGGGCCAUCAAGUGGGUGGACUACUCGGACACUAAUCAGGGCUUCGGGUACCAACUGUCCGAUGGAUCAUACGGGGUGCUGUUCCGAAAUGAGACCAAAAUGAUGCUUCUACCUGACGGAGAGACCAUCUUCUUCCUGACGAAGCGUGAUCAAGACAGGGGAGCGGAGAGAUUCGCGAAUGAACUGAGGAAGGCGAGGGGGAGACUGGAAGUGUUCGUCAACUACAUGACCAACAACCUAGUCGGGUUCAACAUAGACAACAUCAAGGACAAAUUCCCCGUCCGUACCAUCAAGGACCAGCCAUUCCCGAUCACGUGGACGAGGGGGUGGGAUGACUUCAACGAACAAGACAGGGAGUACCUCAUCAUCAUCGUGAUCAGACCAGCCAUCUAUCAGAUCAACUUUGAAGACCACUCGAAGAUAAUUGUGGACUACAACAAUGGGUCUCCAAUCAUCAUGUACCAGCAGGAUGGGGCCAUAGUUCUCCUCACAGAGUUAGAAAUACUAGCCCAAAUGGGCUACACUGAAGACCUGCAGAAGAAACUGAAGAUAGCCCUGACUAACUUCAAGCGAAUAACCACUCCGCCCCCCAUUUGA